CGAUGGCAGGACUAGAUCUGCUGCUAAGAGCUACUCCAAACUAUCCCAUCCGUGCGGAGAUUCCCCUGGAUUCUCAGGCUCAAUUGCGCGUAAAAGUCAAAUGUCUGUGCCUUUCGCCCAAAAUGCUUCCUUGGCACUUGGCAGAUUCCGAUACACACAUGCAAAGUUUGCACGUCCCGGCACACACACACGUAUAGGUAUCCCAUAUACAUGGCUCUCUAAGUCGACGUUAUAUAUGCGCAUGUAUUAGUUUUGGCCGCCAUUGCUGCAUGCCGCACAAACGGAAAAGCUUACAGUCGUUAAGGGAUUUAGCAGGCAAAUAUAAAUUUAUGAAAUAUUCGCAAGGAUGUGCGAGAUGCCCGUCUAUGGUGGCUACUGCUAGUGCACCUUUCCGCAAACAAACCAGAAAAUCACACCGUUUUGGCCUGGUUAUAGCUACAGCUAUAGCUCCAGCCAUGCAGCCAUAUAGAUGAGGCAACAAACACAAUCUCAGCCACAACACGAGUUGUUGUUGCCCACUGGACGUGGACGUGGAGCAGGACAUGGACAAAAUCAAUGCUAAACCAAACCAAACCGAACCAAACCGAACUAAUGUUAUUUGUGGAACAAACAACGAUAAUGAAAUCAUGGGGCGCUGGGUAAAUGGAAAGUGAUUCGGUUGGUUCUGGUCAGGUUGUGGCAUCGGGCCAAUAACUAAUUUCAUUUACUCUGCCAGGCACAUUUGCAAUCGGCAAAUGGCAGCAUAUGCACACAAAAGUUGACAAUAUCCGCAUCAGGCCCCCGCCUUAAACAUUACCUGGGCGCCUGAUCUGGAAGUAAUUAAGCCAACCAGGUGAUAAUGUAGGCCACACUUUUUCACCUUUAAUUCGUUACCCAGUUUAACCAAUAAUGAUGUAAUAAUAUAAUUAAUUCUGGAUCGCUCGUGCAAGUCGAUGCAAACAAUAAAAUUCGAGAAUGAAUUGCACAUAUUUUUGAAACAGUUGUGCACACACUUCUCCGAUUUCCGAACAAUAUAAAUAGACCUGCAAGCGAUUAACUGCCGAGUUGAAUCUUUCGGAUAUGUUGCGAAUUCUACUUCUGCUACUGGCAUUCUGUGCCUUGGCACAUGGACAGUGCCGAUUCACCAGGGCUCAAGUGGAAGGGACCAAUCGCAUCUUUAUGGUGCGUGGUCGGAACCGCCAGCUGUCCCUGAAGCGAACUGCCAGUUCGGCGGUUGGAGAAACCCUGCAGAUGUGGUGCAAUUCCCGGGACAUAGUGGCCACCACCUGCCAGGCGGGAAGGGUUCCAGCCUUCCGACCACCCCUGCCCAUGACCUGCCGCGCUGCUCCGGCGGCCAUCACCACACCGGUCCAGGAUCGCAGCUGUCCGGCCACCAUGUACCGGGUGGGCUACAACGUGGGCAACAACCAGUUCCUGGAGCUCUAUCGCGCCUGCUUCGAUACCAGAGCUGUGAGGGCUAUCUUCGUGGAACACCGGGUGUAUGGAAAGCCCUUCUAUAUCACCCGACCCUGUGUCCAGUUCAGUUCUGAUGGAGUGAUCAGUGGCGCGGAUGAGGCUAGCUAUACGGUCCGAAAUAUCCACGGCACCUUUAGGAGGCUGUUUGGCAACAACCAGAACUAUAUACCGAACAACCGCGAUGUGAUCAUCAAUCGCGGACAUCUGGCCGCCUCGGCUGACUUCUUCUUUGGUGACCAAUUGUGCGCCACCUUCAAGUAUGUGAAUGCAGUGCCGCAGUUCAAGAGCAUCAACGAUGGCAACUGGGAGACCAUCGAGCGAUUCGUUCGCAAUUCGGUGACCGGAAACAACUUUGUGAAUGUGCGCACCGGGGCCAGGGGUGUACUCUCGCUGCCAUCGGCCAGUGGACCCAAGAAUGUCUUCCUAAGUGGCAACAGGAACCCGGUGCCCCAGUGGAUGUACAAGAUAGUGCGGAACGCCAACAACCAGCCCAUCGUGGCCUUCCUCACCCUGAACAACAUCUACGCCCGUCAACGUCCAGCUGCUCCCAACUUUUGUCAGCCCGUGAAUUGCCCAGUGGCAUUGGCCAACACGGCACAGGCUGGCUUUUCGUUCUGCUGCAACCCCGCCACUUUCAGGCCCUAAUUGGAUGUCUUUCUCGAUACAAAAAACCUUCGAGCCUUACAAAUAUGAGUCAUUUUAUUACCAUGAUCUUUAUGCUGGCUGGGUUUUUAAUACAACAUAACAAUCAAACAUGGUAAACUUGCGAUAAUUUCAACUGAA